GCCCAAUCAACGAGUCUGGUCACCGACUCACCUGACAGUAAAUUUAUAAUGAUACUGGAUUAGACCGACACUUUCACACUGUCGUUUUACAGAGGUGCUGUGGAAUAGCCUGUGAAUUGUAAAGAUGCUCUUCGAGGCUGGCAGUUCCCUCACAGAUGCGGUGGAAAAAGUUGGUGAGAAUUUGACAUCUAUGGUCCUUUUUACCACCGCUUUUAUCCUGAGCAUGGGGUAUCUUUCAAAAGCAGUUUUCAAACAGUUCCAGCCACAUGACAAAGAAUUGAAAUACCCGCCAUAUAUCCCAUCAAGUAUCCCUUUUCUCGGUCAUGCUAUAGCAUUUGGAAAGAGUCCGAUUGAAUUUCUUGAAAAUGCAUAUGAAAAGUAUGGGCCUGUUUUCAGUUUUACAAUGGUGGGCAACACUUUUACAUACCUAUUAGGCAGUGAUGCAGCAACAUUGAUUUUCAACAGCAAAAAUGAAGAAUUAAAUGCUGAAGAUGUGUAUUCCCGGCUUACAACACCUGUUUUUGGAAAAGGAGUUGCUUACGAUGUGCCUAACCCAAUCUUUUUGGAGCAGAAAAAAAUGUUAAAGACGGGAUUGAACAUUUCCCAGUUUAAAAAACACAUUCCUAUGAUUGAAGAGGAAACCAAGGACUAUUUUAAACGCUGGGGGGACAGCGGGGAAAAAAACCUAUUCGAGGCCUUGUCUGAGCUCAUCAUCCUGACGGCUAGCCGCUGUUUGCACGGUAAGGAGGUCCGGGCCAUGCUGGAUGAGAAGGUUGCUCAGCUGUAUGCAGACUUGGAUGGAGGCUUUUCUCACGCUGCAUGGCUUCUCCCAGGAUGGCUUCCCCUGCCAAGUUUCAGGCGGAGGGACAGAGCACACCUGGCGGUCAAAAACAUAUUUUACAAGGUUAUUGAGAAGCGCAGACAGACCGAGGAGAAAGAGGAUGACAUUCUGCAGACUCUAAUAGAUGCUACCUACAAAGAUGGGAGGCCUCUGAAUGAUGAUGAGAUUGCUGGAAUGCUGAUUGGGCUGCUGCUGGCUGGCCAGCACACCUCCUCCACUACGAGUGCUUGGCUGGGCUUCUUCCUGGCCAAAGACAAGCCUCUGCAGGAUAGCUGCUACGCAGAACAGAAAGCAGUGUGUGGGGAAGAGCUGUCACCACUCGAGUAUGACCAGAUUAAGGAUCUAACCUUACUGGAUCGCUGCUUAAAAGAAACAUUAAGACUUCGCCCCCCCAUCAUGACCAUGAUGAGAAUGGCAAGGACUCCUCAAAAGGCCGCAGGUUACACAAUCCCUCCCGGUCAUCAAGUGUGCGUGUCUCCUACUGUUAACCACAGACUGCAAGACACCUGGCUCCAGAGAUUGGAUUUCAACCCUGAUCGCUACCUACAUGACAACCCAGCAGCAGGAGAGAAGUUUGCAUACAUACCAUUUGGGGCUGGUCGCCAUCGUUGUAUUGGUGAGAACUUUGCCUAUGUACAAAUCAAGACAAUUUGGUCCACAAUGCUGCGUUUGUAUGAAUUUGAUCUUGUGGACGGGUACUUUCCCUCAGUAAACUACACAACCAUGAUUCACACUCCAAAUAACCCGAUAAUAAGAUAUAAGAGGCGGGUACACUAACCAGCUCAGUUCCCAAAUGAAAUGACUCAUUUAUACAUGCAUGAAAGAGAAUUUUGAUGUACAGAUAUACAUGGUGAAAAGUAGAAAGUAAUCUUUUCAACUAAUAUGUCAUUACUUGAAUUCAUUUGUUCCCCUGUAUAUGUCGUUUGAAAUUUGUCUGGUUGGAGGUGUGUGGCAUAUAAAAAUAAUCUUCAAGAUAAAUCGUUAAAUUUGUAUGUUGUUUAAUAUGUAUAUAACACUUAAUAUUUGAUUUAUAUACAUAAAGUUUAUAUAGGCAGAUGAAUGGCUCUAAUUAAAUAAAAGAUGCUUGCAAAAA